AAACUCAUUCACUUCACCCUUUUAUCUUAGUUGUCAAUUCUAAAAGAUCUAACCACCCCUCCUUUCGUUUUUGCUAUUUCUUAGUGCAUAGGUGUGAGUAUAACCAUUCAUAGAUUCCAUAUCAUAUAUCAUAAUAACCCACUGUGACUAUGUCUGCCGUUCAACCAGACAGAAAGAUUGACAGCACGACCCUAUCAAGAGAUACGAACUCUUCAACUUCAUCCACAAACUCUUUCACAGCUGAGGAUAGAAAGUACCACGCAUCAUUUCUAGCGUCAAUAGAAAGAAAUCAAAUACGGUUAUCACGUUCAAUAAUCAUAGUUUUAACAGCAUUACACUUUUCAGGAAUACCAUCUAUAACAAAGUACACCUCCAAGUUUUUCCACUUGCAGAAUCAAAUUGGAGUUGCCAAUAAUCGCCCAAUAUAUGAUAUUCACAUUGACGACACUUAUUAUGUUAUAUUCUGGGUAAUUGCGGUUACUUUCUUAAGAUCGUUCCUCAUGCAAUGGUGUUUUAGUCCAUUUGCCAAACAUUUCUGUAGUAUUACCUCACGAAAGGCCAAGAUUAGAUUUGCUGAACAAAGUUGGUCGUUUGUGUAUUAUACCGUGUCAUUGAUUUGCGGUUGUUAUCUUUAUUACAAUUCUCCUUAUUUCAAUAACGCAGACCAAAUUUUCGUGGGAUGGCCCAAUCAUACCUUACAUGCUUCGUUGAAAAGAUAUUACCUUAUUUCAACUGGAUUUUGGCUCCAACAAAUCUUUGUCCUUAAUAUUGAACAACAUCGUAAAGAUCAUUAUCAAAUGUUUAGUCAUCAUAUAAUUACUUGUUGUUUGAUCAUUGGAUCAUACUAUUACUAUUUUUUCAGAAUUGGACAUUUAAUAUUAAUGACAAUGGAUUCAGUUGAUAUUCUUUUAUCUGGUGCUAAGCUUUUGAAAUAUGCCAAUUAUUCAACUGCAUGUGAUGUGAUGUUUAUUUUAUUUAUGGUUGGCUGGUUAGUUACAAGGCACGGAAUUUAUAAUUAUCUUUUCUACCAUACUUGGCAUAAUGCUCGAAGAUUGAUGGCUGAAUCAAUUUGUGAUCCAACAAAGAUACAAAAAAGAUGUUGGACUCCAACUAUAAUUAAUGUAUUUUUGGGCCUACUUGGUGGAUUACAAAUCUUGAUUAUCAUUUGGAUGUAUUUUAUUUGUAAAGUUGCAUACAAAGUCAUUACUGGCUCAGGUGCAGAAGAUGUCAGAAGUGACGAAGAUGACACUGAUGCAGAAGAAGUUGACGAAAUUGAGCCUGAAAGUGCCUUUGAAGAUGAAACCGACGAAACAGAUGAGCCAAUUGGAAUCAAACUGGUAGGCAUGGAUGCAUUCAGUUCUUCGUCCGAUUCAACUCUUGAUGACGAAUCAGACCGUAGAAGAAGAUUAAGAGGACAAUAAACAAAAUAAGGAUGUAUUGUUUUUGAUAGACAUUUUGAAAACGCUUGAAAUAUAAACGUUGAUUGUUUCCUAUUCUAAUUUGUAUAAUAAUUCUUUGCAUCCCAUUUAAUUAAUUUCUCUUUUUGGGUAUGUUGAAAGAAUAAAUAAUAAGUAAUUGAAUUAUUUGUAGGUCAUAGAAUGAAUAAAAUUUCAAUUAUGCGUAU